UAGCCUCGAAAUGCCAGCGAUGAGCAUUGAUUAGAGUAUACGGAAAACCAUCCGUAGUGGUGGGUCCAUUUGGCAGCUGGGGAGCCGAAGAGAAAGCCGGAGGCCCCACUGCCCGGCUGGACCGAAAACGUUGUGCGAUCCAACUCCACGAAAUGCCCGCCCGGAGAACCCCAAAAUACCCUCGAAACACGCGCGCAUUGCGAUGGCAUCAAGGUCAUUUCCUAGGCCUUCGCGCCACGGUUACAAAGGACCCUCGCGAGUCCGCGAUCACCACCAAACCAAGCAGCUCGGCGUGUGCACGUCGCGAGGAACGAAGCAGAGAAGGCUGAAGCUCUCGUGCGGCGAUGGGCGUCACGUACUACCGGAGGCUGUCGCAGGCCGAGGGAGGCGCGUGCGCGGCCGUGAGGGCGUGGGCGGCGCUGAAGCGGGCCGCGAGGGCGUGGGUGGCGCUGAAGCGGGCCGCGGCGGGGGUCGCCCGGCUGUACGCCGCGCGCCGGCGGUGGAGGCUGCGGGGCGGGAGGGUGGCCGCCGCGGCGCGGCGCGCGGAGGUGGCGGCGCCGGGGUUCAAGUACGAUUCGGCCAGCUACGCGCGCAACUUCGACGACGGGGCGUGGAUGGCCGAGGAGGGCGUGUCCUGGCAAGCGCGGUCGUGCAGGCACGCUACUGUCCAGUGAUUUAUAGGAGCUUCCCUUUCAUCUUUGCAUUUGUGAAGUAGAGACUGAUUGUUUGUUUAGAAUUUAUUGUUUUUUAAAAUUGUGUUUAGAAUUGAUUUGUAGCGAGUUGGACAGUUUGUUUGUACUAUGUACAUAUGUACCAUAUAAGAUUAGCAACUGCACAUCUAGAAUCAAUGUAGGA